AUGGCAGUCGAAACCGCUGCACAGAACCCGGCGGCAGUGGAUGACGGAACCAGGAAGCCGAAAACAGAUUACUGGAAGAUCCUGCCUUUCGUGUUUGCCAUUCAGAAGAUCAACCAGAAUCCCAGUCUCUUACCCAACAUCACCCUGGGCUACAGCAUCUAUGAGAACUAUUUUGAUGCAAGAAUGACUUCUGAAGCUUUAUUAGACCUGCUCUCUCCUGGGCAGGCCAAUAUUCCCAACUACAACUGUGGAAGACGGAGUCACCCAUUGGCUGUUCUGGAAGGAUCCAAUUCCCACAUUUCCAUCCAGAUUUCAACCAUGUUGGGCAUCUACAAAAUCCCACAGCUCGACCCUUUCCUGAGAAACCCCCAGUUGUACAACAAUUCCAUCAUGGACGGAGUAUAUUUUGAUGUGAAUGGAGACCUGACAGCCAACUUUGACAUCAUGAACUGGGUGGUGUUUCCCAAUAUGUCUGUUGUUAGAGAGAAAUUUGGGAGCAUUGAAAGGCAGGGAUCCCCAGGCCUCAAGUUCACCAUUGACCAGGAUGCCAUUGUGUGGCCCAAGCAGCUCAACAAGGAGAUCAACCAGAAUCCCAGGCUCUUACCCAACAUCUCCCUGGGCUACAACAUCCAUGACACCUAUUUCGAUGCGACAAUGACUUUAGAUGCCUUAUUCAGCCUGCUCUCUACUGGACAGGCGAAUGUUCCCAACUACUACUGCGGAAGACAGAAUCACCCGUUGGCUGUACUUGAAGGGUCUGACACUGACAUCUCCAUCCAAAUUUCAACCAUGUUGGGCCUCUACAAAAUCCCGCAGCACUUUGGGGAGAAAGCAUUUAAAUGUUCCUAUUCAAAGGAUGCCUGGUCUGUGAAAGGUAGGACAAGAUGCACAGAGAAAGAGAAGUUGGAGGAUCUCUCCCAGGAGGACGUGGAGGGAAUCCUGUCUCUAGACAGCUAUAACAUCUACAACACCGUCUGGGCUGUGGCCCAUGCCUUAGAUGGUGCUCUUUCAUCCAGGUCCAAGAGGAGGGUGGUGGAGCGUGGAGACAGGAUGGACCUUCAGAGGCUACAGCCAUGGCAGGUUCACCCUUUCCUGAGAAACCCCCAGUUUUACAAUACUUCCAUCAUAGAUGGAAUAUAUUGGGACAAGAAUGGAGAGCUGGUGGUCAACUUUGACAUGGUCAACUGGAUGGUGCUUCCAAAUAAGUCAGUGCUUAGACUCAAAUUUGGGAGUAUGCAAAGACGGGCAUCUGCUGACAUCAAGUUCACCAUUGACCAGGCUGCCACUGUGUGGCCCACAUGGCUCAACCAGCCCCUGCCCCAAUCCAGGUGCGUGGAAAGCUGUCGCCCAGGAUUCAGGAAGGUGGCUCAGGAAGGAAGGCCCGUUUGCUGCUACGCCUGUUCUCCCUGUGAGGAAGGGACCAUCUCUACCCAGGAAGAUGCAGAACAUUGCACCAAAUGUCCGGAAAAUCUGUAUCCAAACAAGCACCGAGAUCUAUGUAUCCCAAAGGAUAUAACUUUCCUGUCCUAUGAAGAACCUUUGGGGAUAAUCCUGGCUUCCUUUGCCCUAUUCUUAUCCUUAAUCACAAGCUUGGUGUUAGGAACCUUCAUUAAAUAUCUAGAAACUCCCAUAGUCAAAGCCAACAACCGGGACCUCUCCUACGUUCUCCUCAUCUCUCUUUUGCUUUCCUUCUUGUCCUCCUUCCUCUUCAUUGGUCAGCCAACAGGAGUGACCUGCCUUCUCCGGCAAACAGGCUUCGGCAUCAUCUUCUCAGUUGCUGUCUCUUCUCUGUUGGCCAAGACAAUCACUGUGGUGCUGGCCUUCCUGGCCACAAAGCCAGGGAACAAGAUGAGGAACUGGUUGGGGAAAAGUUUGGCCAACUCCAUAAUAAUUUCCUGUUCCACUGUCCAAUUUGUCAUCUGCACCAUCUGGCUGGGAGUCUCUGCCCCAUUCCCUGACUCUGACAGGCACUCUCAGAUUGGACAAAUCAUCUUGCAAUGCAACGAAGGGUCUGUCACCAUGUUCUAUACUGCCCUUGGCUACAUGGGCUUCCUGGCUGCCAUCUGCUUCACGGUGGCCUUCCUAGCCAGGAAGCUGCCUGGGUCCUUCAACGAAGCCAAGCUGAUCACCUUCAGCAUGCUGGUCUUCUGCAGUGUUUGGGUGUCCUUUGUGCCCACCUACCUGAGCACCAAGGGGAAAUACAUGGUCGUCGUGCAGGUCUUCUCUAUCUUGGCCUCCAGUGCUGGUCUACUGGGCUGCAUCUUCAUUCCCAAGUGCUACAUCAUUGUACUAAGGCCUGAUCUGAAUACAAAGGAGCAUCUAACAACAAAAAUGAAGGAUGGCAUGUGA